AUGAAAGGAAACAGAGUCAUCAUUCCUACAGGGAUGAGACCUGGAAUUCUCGAUCGCCUGCAUGAUGCACAUCAGGGUCUCACCUCAACACUUCAACGUGCACGACGCACAGUGUAUUGGCCAAAGUUACAGGAUGUCAUCACAGAAAUGAUCCAAAAGUGUGACGAAUGCCCAAGAUAUGGUGACAAGAAGACCAGACCCUCAGAACGACAAAUCACAGCCACACGCCCAAUGGAAAUCCUGGGUAUGGAUUUGUUGGACUUCCAAGGCCAACACGCCCUGGUCACAGUUGCUUACUUCUCUGGAUUUCUCACCUGUGGCAUCCUUAACAACGAGACAACCGAUGCAGUCAUUAAGGUGCUAAACAACAUCUUCAGGAACUUCCGACACUUCUGCGAACAGCUCGAUAUUGGACACAUUACUUCCAGUCAACACUACCAUCAAAGUAAUGGGCGAGCAGAAAGAGCAGUUGCCACCGUUAAACAGAUGUUAAAGAAAAGUGCAAAUGAAAUUGACAUCACUAAAGCACUUACAACAUACCUGGACACCCCACUGAGUGACACAUUGCCAUCACCUGCAGAGCUGUUCCACAACAGACGGAUCAACACCAGCCUCAGCAGGACCAUACCGCCCAUAUGGUUCAUCGAUGGUAACUCAGAUGAGUGGAAGCCAGGAUACAUUGAGUCUAAAGAUUCCAUUCAGACUCAUACUGGAUCAUCAAUGACAAGACAGCGACCCCAGACAUCAAUUCCGUUGCAAUUCUCGGGAAACUUGUCAGAUGUUACUCCGAUUGAACUUAUGCCAACAUCAGCAACCCCUGAUCAUGAAAUGCCAGAGUCAGUACUUCCUUCUACAGAUACUCCAAACACUUUGGCAGCACCAACACCCACUAAGCAAGGCAAGACAGCAACACCGUGGAAGCCGAAGACGUUCGGUGGUGAAGGCACCAGACUCAAGAUUACAGAUUCAACUCCUGUACUGACGAAAUUAUGUUCUGGACAUGAAAUCAAGCCACAUAGGGACCCAGAAUUUGUAUAUGGCUUUGUUAAACACUGYACAAUAGUGACCUCGCUUAGGUCUCUGAAAUCACUGAGACAUGUUUCAAUUCAGUAUAUUAGUAUCUUGGUUUUGGAAACCAGUUCAAGAGGGGACUUGUUACCAGUCCCCACGCACGGUCUAAGGGGUUUUUAG